UGCAAAUUCAUCAAUGUGCAUCAAGUAUUCACUGCAUCUUCCCACCACCCUCUCCUCCUCUCUCAAAUCUCUCUUCCCUUUUCAUUAUUUCAGCUUCUGAAACGAAGUCCCAGGUUCACUUUAUAUGAUCAGGUAGACUUUCAGGGAUAGAAGAUGGUUGCAGAAUCAUGGUUUCGUAAUUUGUGGAAAAUUCCACGGAAGCAUGAAGGUAGUCCUGAGAAGGUGGAAGUUGGAGUGUUGGUGUUUGAAGUUGCUAGUUUGAUGUCCAAGCUGGUUUAUUUAUGGCAGUCUCUAAGUGAUAAGCAGAUUGUUACGUUAAGGGGUGAGAUCACAAAUUCUGUGGGAAUAAAGAAGCUUGUGUCUGAGGAUGAAGAUUUCAUUGUGAGUUUGAUUUGUGCGGAAAUGCUUGAGAAUAUGGUACAUGUGGCAAAAUCUGUGGCAAGGAUUGCAAAGAGUUGUCACGAUCCUGGUCUGAAGAAUUUUGAGCGUGCUUUUGAUGACUUGAUCUUGUUUGGUGUUGAUCUGUAUGGCUGGGAAUUUACGUCAAAGAAGAUGGAGAAGAAAGUUAAGAAGAUGGAACGUUACAUUUCUGUGAAUGCUAUUUUGUAUCAAGAGAUGGAAUUGCUUGCAGAUCUUGAACAAACCCUAAGGAGAAUGAAGAGCAGUGACACAGAGCCUGAGAAUUUGCUUGAGUUUCAGAAGAAAGUCUUGUCGAAGCAACAUGAGGUGAAGAGUUUGAGAGAGAUGUCUCUUUGGAAAAAGACCUAUGAUUAUACGGUCUGCCUUUUGGCAAGAUCAUUGUUCACAUUAUUUAGUAAGAUCAAACAUGUCUUUGGGAUUGAACAGCCUAUAGAUGGUGGAGAUUCAAGCAUGAAGAAUUCUGAUUUUAUUUAUCGCAGCCAGUCUGUUUCUGCUUUGCUGCAAACUUCAGUUCAUCCAGCUGAGAAUACUAGCAUUCCUAGAUUUUCUUCAGGUUCCCUUGCAAUGUUUACCACUAUAUCUAGCCCAAUUACAAACACAAAGAAAACAAAUUAUUUCCAUUCUGGUCCUCUCAGUAGCUCAGCCACAAAAUCAGGUUCUGUUGCUGAAAAGAACAGAAAUUUUGAUUUCCAUUCUGGUCCCCUUGGGAGGUCAGCUACAAAAUCAGGACCAAUUUCUGGAUUGGAUAAAAUUGGCAAGAAGAUUUGGCAGACUCAGAACCGCCCAGCCAUUCCAAAUGCAAAGAAACUGCAUUUGAAAACUAACCGACUGACGCAAGUUGGACCUCUGAAAGGAUGCAUGAUAGCGGCAGAUAGUUCACCCAUUGUCAAUUGUUAUAUAAGUUCAAAUGAUAUUCGUUCAGGACUUCUCAAUGGAACCAAGGAUGGAAAUCUAGAACUUCCUCAGGGAAAUGCUGUUCAACAAACUAAUUCAUCAGUCUUCAGAUCCCAGCGCAAGUUUUUGGUUGCCCCUCCUGAAACUCUUGGUGCUACCGCUUUAGCAUUGCACUAUGCAAAUGUUGUUAUUGUCAUCGAGAAACUGGCAGCAUCUCCUCACUUAAUUGGGCAUGACGCUCGAGAUGGUCUGUACAACAUGUUACCUGCAAGUGUAAGAGCUGCACUGAGGGCAAGGCUAAAGCCAUACAUGAAGAGCUUAGCUUCAUCAUUUUAUGAUACAGUUCUUGCAGGGGAGUGGACGGAGGCAAUGGCUGCAAUAUUGGAGUGGUUAGCACCAUUAGCUCAUAACAUGAUUAGGUGGCAGUCUGAGCGGAGUUUUGAACAGCAGAAUUUAGUUUCCAGGACUAACGUGCUUCUGGUGCAGACUCUCUACUUUGCAAAUCAAGAAAAGACAGAAGCAGCUAUUACUGAGCUUCUUGUUGGUUUGAAUUAUGUCUGGAGAUUCGGCAGAGAACUCAAUGCUAAGGCUUUGCAGGAGUGUGCCAGUGCUAGAACUUUUGAAGAAUUCUUGGACCUAGAAAAAUAACAUCAUUUUCAAAUCAGUUGCAGUGUUCUCAGAGACGACUUGCAUCAGGUUGUAUGUGGGCAAAAUUCCACCGCCUGGCUCGCCCUUACAGGCUUCUCUCUUCUACCUGCCAACAUGAACACUCACUUGUGCAGGCAGAGGGAAAGAUCCAAGCUACCUUGUGCAAUAUCGUGAAGGCAUGGAUUCUUUGCAAGUUAAUACUAUGAUAUUUUUAAUGCUAUAUGUUAUAUUUUGGUUUUCUGGCUAGUGCUGAAGAUUGUUUUGAAAUACCCCUUCUAUUCCAGUUGUAUAUUUACCGCUUAAAAGUUACCGUUCUUCCUAUAAUGGAUAUAUAUAUCUAAUGGUUGUUGAGUUGAUUAUGCUGGGUGGCAGUGGCUUCC